UGCAGCGAGUGUCCAACUUUGUGCUGCAUUUCUGAUCCUGCCUGGAGUCUGGGGAGAAAAUGGAGGCUCAUUUUAUCAUAUUCACUCAGCUCCUCCGUCUACACUGAGCCCCAACUCGGCUGUAACUUACGCGCUCGACUGUCGAGAAACGGACUUUUUAUUUUAAACAAGAAAAGUCGCCGUUUGACCGGAUUCACUCUCCAAUCUUGAGUUAUUCUUGCUACUUCUAUCACAUGGCGCAGAUUGGCAGCAUCAUGGUUUGGCUCCGCGGUGCCCUCGUGACCGGCUGCAUUUCCUGGAAUAAGCUGGAACCUGAGCCUUGAAAGCCACACCAUGGAAUGCCUGUAGUAUCCCCACAUCACCUUCACCCACCCCACUGGCAUCAGCAGGAAUCAGAAAAGCACAAAGAGAGACACAAACAAAUAAAGAACACGCAAGAGGGCUCCCACAUCUGUGCCUCCAAUCUGCUGCGGGAGGCUCUUUAUCUAUUUAGGUCAACCAGCUUGAAAGAGAUCUUUUGGAGGGUGUAGGGGAGUGUGUGCUAGUCUGUGUGUGUGUGUGUGUGUGUGUGUGUGUGGGGGCUGGCGGGCGGGCACGUGUGUUUCCCUUUUAGAGUAGGUGCCUGCCCUCGGCCACUGAGGCCAUGAGGCCAAAGACUUUCCCGGCUGCCCCGUAUGUGGGCAACACGCGCCAGAGGCUCCAGGAGAUCAAGGAGGGCCUGAAGCAGCCGGCCAAGCUGGUGAGCCAGGCUCUGCACGGAGGCAGCUCCCGGACCGACGGUGGCAGAGGGGCCGACUGCAAGGGCGGGAAAGACACGACUAGCCGUCAGCAGCAGCUCCGACCCCCACAGAAGUUCAACAACUACCAGAAUGCCCUGCGGGAAAUCCGCAAGUCGCUCAUGCCCUUUGCCAACGAGUCAGGUCCGUCCUCUGGGUCAGGACACCCUGCAGGGGCCGGGGAGGUGAACCGGCAGAUGCUGCAAGAGCUGGUCAACGCCGGCUGUGACCAGGAGAUGGCAGUGCGGGCGCUGAAGCAGACAGGAAGCAGGAACAUUGAAGCAGCCUUAGAGUACAUCAGCAAAAUGGGUUACCUUGACCCUCGCAAUGAGCUCAUUGUCCGUGUCAUCAAGCAGACUUCACCAGGAAAAGCUGGCAUGCCAAAUGCAAUGGACCACCGACCUGCGAUGGAGGCUUCAGGUGAGGCAGGUGUCAUGCCUCCAUACCAUCAGAUGGGUGCUCCCAUGUAUGAGGGGGCGGCAGGAUACGGCCCUGAGGGAGAGAUGCCCAGACCCUAUAUGAGUGCCCCCCCUGUUAUGAACUACAUGAUGCCCCCAUCUGGUGCAGCACAGGGCCCCACCAUGGGAAACCCGAUGGGUCGACCUCCCAGUAUGGGAACCUAUCCGCCAGUGAUGGCCACCCAGAGCAACCCAGCCAACACCAUGUACCCCCCCGGGGCCCAGCAGAAAGGCUACCCUGGGGGUAUGGAGCAGCAUGGUCCUAUGAUGAGCUAUAAUGUCCCUGGACAGCCUCUGCAGCUCCAGCCACAGCCACCAGGGGGUCCUGUCCCAGGCCCACACUAUGACUAUGGUCAUGCCAGACCCCACAUGAUGGAGCCUGCAAGCUACGGUGUCAAGAGGACCCCCUCCUUCCAGAACAAGAUGGCACCGCCCCCCAUGGCACCCCCUGACAACUACGUUAACAUGCAGGGGAAAGGGGCCAUGGGUCAGAAUGGGCCAGGAGGAGCAGGGGGAGGGUACCCUGCUAACCUGUACCUUCCUCCUCAUUCCCACCCCCGACAGGCCAGCCCCACCUCCCACCAGGUCCACAUGAUGUCCCGUUCCCCAGGUGGGGUAGCAGCCAUGGGCCCUGACUUCUCAGAUCUGCAGCAAGGCUUGAUGACCCCAUCCAGGGCCAGCCUCAACCUGGACCUGUAUGAGCACCACUGGGCAGGGCCCCAAGGCCCUGAAGGGGCCCCCUCAGCCAGGCAACCCCAGCCCCAGGGCCCAUUCAGGGGGGAGGUGCGUGUCCCCAGCAGAACCAACUCCUUCAACAGUCGCUCUGCGGGGCCUAAUGGUGUCCGGCCUGCGAUGGCUGCACCUCCUACAGCUGGAAAACAGGAGCCCUCCUUGGGGCCACCGAACACAAUCACGGCUGUAACAUCCCCACCCAUUCAACAGCCAGUCAAGAGUAUCCGUGUGAUGAGGCCAGAGCCCAAGACAGCUGUGGGACCAUGUCACCCUGGCUGGAUGACUGCUCAGGCCCAGGAUGCAGCAGAGUCUCUGGCCUACAUGCCAGAGGAGACUUACCCCCUUGAGUCUGCUCAGGAGCCACGGUGCCCUCCGCCACCUUACCCCAAAAACCUGCUCAUGUCUGGGGCAGCUGGUGAGCCAGGGGCCCUGGAAGGAGCUGGAGCCAUGUGUGGAGCUCAGGACCUCAGCAACCCUACUGCCAGAAGCACACACAACGGCAGCGGAGGGAGUGGAAAGGGAGAAGAGAACCAGCAGGUUAAAGAGAAGACGAAGAUGGGGAAGGGAGAAAAAGCAGUGAAAGACAAGAAACAGAUACAGACGUCACCUGUUCCAGUUAGGAAAAAUGGACGUGAUGAGGAGAAGAGAGAGUCGCGCAUCAAGACCUACUCGCCUUUCGCCUUCAAGUUCUACAUGGAGCAGCACAUAGAGAACGUGAUGAAGACCUACCAACAGAAACUCAACCGAAGGCUUCAGCUGGAACAGGAGAUGUCCAAGGCUGGUCUGUCUGAAGCAGAGCAGGAACAAAUGAGGAAGAUGCUGAACCAGAAAGAGUCCAACUACAACAGGUUACGCCGUGCCAAAAUGGACAAAUCCAUGUUUGUCAAAAUCAAGACCUUGGGCAUAGGUGCCUUUGGUGAAGUGUGUCUCACACGUAAAGUGGACACCGGUGCACUUUAUGCCAUGAAAACACUUCGGAAGAAAGAUGUCCUCAACCGCAACCAGGUGGCUCACGUGAAAGCAGAACGCGACAUCCUGGCGGAGGCAGACAAUGAGUGGGUGGUGCGUCUCUACUACUCCUUUCAGGACCGCGACAGCCUCUACUUCGUCAUGGACUACAUCCCCGGAGGAGACAUGAUGAGCCUGCUCAUUCGAAUGGGCGUCUUCCCCGAACCUCUGGCACGCUUCUAUGUGGCGGAGUUGACGCUGGCCAUUGAGAGCGUCCACAAGAUGGGCUUCAUCCACCGCGACAUCAAGCCCGACAACAUCCUCAUCGACCUAGACGGACACAUCAAGCUCACUGAUUUUGGCCUGUGCACGGGCUUCCGCUGGACGCACAACUCCAAGUAUUACCAGAAAGGAAGUCAUGUCAGACAGGAUAGCAUGGAGCCCAGUGACUUCUGGGAUGACGUGUCCAAUUGUCGCUGCGGCGAUCGGCUGAUGACGCUGGAGCAGCGUGCCAACCGGCAGCACCAGCGCUGCCUGGCUCACUCCUUGGUGGGAACGCCAAACUACAUCGCACCUGAGGUGCUGCUGCGAAAAGGUUACACCCAGCUGUGUGACUGGUGGAGCGUGGGAGUAAUCCUGUUUGAGAUGCUGGUGGGACAGCCGCCCUUCCUGGCCCCCACACCCACAGAGACUCAGAUUAAGGUCAUUAACUGGGAGAGCACACUGCAGGUGCCCGCCCAGGUCAAACUGAGCCCUGAGGCUGUCGAUAUCAUUGGUCGUCUCUGCUGCUCUGCAGAGGAUCGGCUGGGCGCUAACGGCGCUGGCGAAAUCAAGGCCCACCCCUUCUUCACCCAGAUGGACUUCUCUAGCAAUCUACGGCAGCAACCUGCACCCUACCGGCCCAAAAUCGCCCACCCAAUGGACACGUCCAACUUUGACCCCGUGGAGGAGGAGGGCGGCCCUGGGGCGUGGAGUGACAGCGGGGACAGCACCCGGGCUUUGGACAUGCUCUGCUCCCCGCAUGGGAAGCACCCGGAGCACGCCUUCUACGAGUUCACCUUCCGCAGGUUCUUCGACGACAAUGGCUGCCCCUUCCGCUACCCUAAACCACUUGAGGCCAGCGAGGGGCCACCAAGCAUCACCGGAGCCAGUGGCAUGGGCCCAGAGGAGGAACAGGAACAGGAGGAGGAGGAGGAGGAGGAGGAGGAGGAGGAGGAAGAGGAAGAUGAAGAGGAGGAGGGAGAGCAAGGAGAGGGAUGUGAGCCGGUGUAUGUCUAGAGCUGCUGACUGAUUUCCUGAGCAGUGUGUGUCUCUUACUGACGAUUAUUGUUCAGCAUUAUUCAGCUCAUAACCCUCCCACCUGCCACUGCUCUUCCUCUGUGUAUGUGUCUCUGUGUGUUUAUGCAUAUUUGGCAUGUGUGAUUGUUAAAUUGCAGGAGCAGGAUUGACAAACAUCGCCACCUGGUGGAAUAUAUAGUGUGUCCACAGUGACUUCAAAUACUCAACUCCCCUGAUCUGGGACCAAGAGACAACAUUCUGUAUGUGACUGACUGCAUCAAGGGUGAAGUGUAUGUGGUCAGCAGAGCAAUACUCAGAAACUGUUCAGGUUGAAAGGAGAUAGUUAAUAUCCGUGGGAAUGUAAGAGUGUCUGGAUCUAAUGGUUCUAGUUCGAGGACUGCUUCUGGUUCUUCCAGCGGUUUCUUGUCCCAUUCCUUCCACCCUUGGUCUUAUGGACGACUGAAACACCUCGAUGGUGAUUGUCUGAUACAGGGAGCUACUUCCUGUUCUACCUGAGCUGCUUUACACUCAAAUAUUGGACAUGACAAUGUGAAGAGUGGAACCAGUUUACUCGUUGAUCGCGGGGGGAAAGGGAGGGAGGUUGUGGGGUGGGGGGACUGAAUAAGCAACAUGCCUCUUUCACAGCUGCUGCAAAAUAAGCUACAAAGACACAUGCAUGCACGUGCACACACUCACGCACAUUUAUCCAGUACAGCUCAUGCUCGGUCACAAAGGGUGAAAAAGGCGUGGGUCUCUGCAGGUAGAUAUCAGUCGUCUCAGACCAGAUGGAUGAACAAAUUCUCCCAGAUUCCUCUUUACACGUUCACCCACCGUGUAAAGAGGUGGGUGUGAAAGAAAAUGUGUCCCCUUUUGGUAGCAUCAGUUUUCAAAUUUAUAUAUUUAGCAUAAUCAUUUUUAAAUCUCCAUGUGUAAUAGAUAAAAUUUUAAAAAAAAAGAAAUGAACCAAACAAAAUAUUUUUGGUUGCUCUAUUUUCUACAUCCACAGCUGCCUCAUUUUGUGCCAACUCUAGUUCAGUGUUUUGUCCUUUAGACAGAGCCUGGGUUGCUGUUACAAAUGUCUUUGUUUUUAUGACAUGCCUCCUGUUACUGUUCAGACUGACUAUUUCAAAAGUCACCUCCAAAAAGUCCUUAACUUACAGAAAAGUUUGGUUUGGGCUCUAAAAAUCAAACCAGACUGAAGCACAACAGAAAUGUCACUGUAAGCCUCAAAUGCAGUGAGUUUCUAAAUUACAAGAAGAGUUAGUAUAAAAAGGUUUUCGUGUUCAAGUGAUACAUCUUGUUUAUUGAGGAGGAGGAGGGGCAGAUUCCUUCACCUGUUAGCACAACACAUAACGUCUGCUUUGUUUUAGGGGAAGCUGAUGAAUAAAACAAAGCUAAACCUGAUUCAAGAAAAUUAAGAGACAUCAGACAUAGACCUUGACAGGCCUGAGUCUGUCCGGUUGGGUGAGGCUGAGUUGUUUUCUGACUGAGAAUCAAAGCACACACACACACAUACAUUCACCAACAUGCACAAUUUUACAGCUGUUUUGCAAAGUCCCACAGUUGCAUUUUAACCAUUUUAACUUAACCAGCCUCCUCUGUCCUCUGGGGGCAGUCACAAAAACACAAAGCAACAUGUUCUUACAACAGCCAAACAUGUGAUAGUAUGACUAUGUGCAAUACAAAUAAAAAUACAUUAUAUAUAGUUUUCUAAACACUUAAUAUCCUUUUGAACAUCUAGUACUGAAAUGUACAAAUAUAUUGGUUUAUAUAUAUAUUUUCCUCUUCAGUUACAUCAUGCUGCUUAUUAUUGUGGUUAAUAUUAUUUACAUUAUUAUUUUAAUUGUUAUUACAUGUGUACCUGUUUUCUUUUGUUGUGGCUUAAAGAAGUUUUGGCUUUAUUGCCAAGUGUGCUUGGGUUUUUUGAAAGUAAAUAGCUAUGUGCCUUUCUAAUUGAAUGUUUGAGCGUGCGUCUCCGCUCUAUGACGAAGGCGAAUGAUGAUGAUGAUGAUCAGUGUUUGCAGAACAUUGUUGGUAGACUCUUUGCCUCCUGUGGCCAGGCUGGUCCUGAACACAGGAGAGGAGGGUGUAAAGGUUUCUGGUUCAGGAAGAGAUGGAGCAGAGUAGAUAAAAGUGAGAGGAGGAGUGAGGCAGGUGGACUUCAGGAAACGUAAUUGGAAAAUAAGAAUGAAUAGCUAAUUCUAUUUUACACAAACGGUUAAAUUUCAAAAGAGUUAGUGUUUGGUACAUUUUCUUUAUUUAUCUGAAAUGACCACAAGUUUGAGUGUUGUUAACGCUGUACUACAGACCUGUGCCAUUGUUCUGUAUUAGAGCUCUGCUGCCCAGCAGACGACACUAUCAUCCAGUACCUUCAUGCUUAUUGACAAUCAGUAAACAGUAAUUCUGCUCCCUUUGAACUGAGCUGUUUGGUUAAUCAAUACCCAACUGUUCCAACAGUAUUGUGAAUUUCACUUAAUGACUGGGAAUGCUAAAGAAGUCAGAACCUUUGAGUGAUUCUCUGAUGCAUAACUGGCAGAGUGAUGAAAAAAUGUGUGGAUAAGAUUUGUUACAGAAGAUUCUGGGUUUUUUAUUAUUAUUUUUGCUUGACAAUGUAUUGUUUAAAGUUCAAGUUUUUUUCUGUAAAUGUGCCUUUUGUUCUAAACUGAGCAGCACAAUCUUAAAAGAUUUACCUUCUUGUUAUCAUCUCUUUUUCACAGACCUCUUUUUCCUGUUAUUACUCUUGAUGUGGGGAAAUUGGCAGAGCAUGCUUCUGUUUCACAUUCACACUGGCUUUGUUUACAUGCACUGACGUUAUUGUUCUUAUUCUAGUCAAUAAUUCACAGUAAGUAGAAUUAGAUUAGGCGGAGGCUAAGGGAAAGUGGGCAGGAUGAUAAAUUACAACUUCUUCAAUGAAAGACUGAUGAGAUGUAUAAUCUGAAAGUGGCUCUUUCCUUUAAAGGCUCCUGGAAACACUGUUAAGAUGGCAUGUUUCUGUAACUCUGUGUAUCUUUGGUUGCAACAUAUUUUAGGAAAUGGAAACUGUGUUUUCACAACUGUACAGUGUUAAAAUUGGGUGGGUGAUGAGGCUGUUGAUUUUAUUUGGAGUGGAUUGUUGGAUUGUACAGAUUUGUUGCCUGAAUACACAAAAAACCUCAAUGUAAUCACAAUGUGACAGAAUAUUUUUUUCAUGAAUGUAUUUGAUGGUGGCUUAAACUGGACUAAAGACAGUAUCCUGCAUGUAAACAUUGCCAGUGUUGCCUAUGAGCUGCCUAGAUAAAGCACAGUCUUCAUCCAUAAUGGAUCCAAGUGCCUUGCUCAAGGGUACCAUCACUGAGACUGCUAAAGCAGACAGGCGUUGCUCUCUCCCUCUUCCCCAUCCUGUUUUUCUGUCAGCUGGUCCAGACGCCUGAGCAAGACAUCCUUCCACUUCUCUAAACCUCUAGUUGACUGCGUUGCCAAUCUAGCAUCAGCCAGGACAGACUGCUGCGUGAAAAAUAGCUUUAUAAUGAGAGCCGCAACUCUCUGCAAAGUGUGUGAGUGCCACAAAGUGUGUGAGGUGUUUCCUGGAUGUGUUUUGUUUUUCUGUUUCUAAGCUUAGAGAGUGAUGACUGACAAUCUUUGACUUGAUCUGAUUUCUUUGCGAAAUUUUCUUGUGUAUCCUUUUGAUUUUGUAUUUUUACUCUAAGGAGCCUCUGCUUAUCUCCAAUGCUUUUAAUGUAUGAUACAAUUCUGUUACUCUUGAAUUUAUAUUUAUACAGAUAUACAUAUUUUUUUUGUAUCUUUCCCCUUUUUUUUUUUCCAAUUUCCCUUGUGCUAAUGUUCAAACAUCCAUGUCUACACAGUAUUAUAGGUGAUGUAAUGUGGACAGCUAUCUCUUUUUUUACAUUUAUGUAUGAAUUGAGAAUUUGUAAAAAUGCUUUCACAGUCCUUGUGUGUAAAAUGUAUGUAUAAAUUAAAUUAACCAACUUGGA